AUGGCAGCAAGUGUGUUCGUCGAUGAUAGCAGUGGGUGGGAUGUGUCGGAUAUUAAUAGCCUUACAGCUGAAGGCUCGAGCGAGCAAUACACCAUUGGUCUACGUAAUGAACGCAGCAUUAGGCCUAAGACAGGCGUAUCACACAAAACGACUGUACACUCCGUGAGUAACAGUUCUCUUGAACAGCAUGAAGAUGUAAACAAGCACGAGUCCGAAAUUGGCCCAUUUGUAAGUGCCGCAUCGAGCGAGCAUAUUGACUCUGAUUUCAGUGCGGAUCCUUACAUACAAGAAGGACAACGUAUUGACACAGCUUUAUUAGACAGAAAUAACCGGACGUGGCCAUUCGAAGUUGCCACUUAUCCUCCAAAUGAUAACAACUUGUCCAGUAUUGGCAAUAACAUACAGACGACACCAAGGCUUCAAUUUCCCUCCGAGGUUUCUAUUCAGCAAAACACACAUCAGGACUUAAGAUCGAUGUCUGAGGACUCUCUGUUAGCUAUUUUAGAGGAGUUUGAUGCCACAGAUAUAAACAAACUCGAUCUGGAGCUUAAUAUGAUACCAGAAACCGAUAUGACUCAAAGUAAAAGGGUACUAGAAAAUUUCAAGCGUGCCCAUGGUACAAUCUCAAAUCAUGUACCGAAUGGACACCUGAAAUCGGAUAAUGUUAGUGAUAAAAUUCGAGUAGACAAUUUACAUAUGAAUGAAAGGCCUGAUGAGUCUCAGUCUGAAACACAUGUGAGAAACAACAACAGAACAUUAAGAUCUUUUAGUAGUGAUGAUGAUCUGGAAGCAGAUCUGGGAAUGUCCAGUUAUGCUGUAAAUGGAACAAGAUCUAAUUCUGAAAUAUCAGAAUGGCACUGUCAUACGUUAGUCAAACCUGAGUAUGAUAAACUUGCCAGGAACCAACUUAUUGCUGUUUGUGUUCUGUGUGCAUUGUUUAUGAUCGGUGAAGCUGUAGGUGGAGUUUUGUCCGACAGUCUCGCUCUUUUCACUGAUGUCUUACACCUGGGUAGUGACCUAAUUAGUUUCCUCAUAUCCCUCCUUGCCAUCUACCUGUCAAAAAAACCUGCCACCAAAAACAUGUCAUUUGGAUACCACCGCGCAGAGGUCCUUGGUGCCUUAUUCAGUGUGUUCAUCAUCUGGUUGGUGACAGGAGUCCUGUGUUAUAUGGCUGUGGAAAGGAUAACAGGAGGACAUUACACAAGUGUCAAACCUGACGAGAUGUUGGUCACAGCUUCUUUAGGAGUAAUGUUUAAUGUUGUAAUGGGUAUUGUGCUUCAUUCUGAGAAAUGUUGUGGAUCAGCCUCUGCUCGUGCUUCUUUUGGUCACGGACAUUCCCACGGUGGAGGUGGGCAUUCUCAUGGACACUCUCACAAGCCAUCCAAUCAUCCUAAUGAUGCAGCAUAUGAGCGCCUACUUCAGCAUGACACUGACCAAGAAUUAAUGCCACGAACUCCAUCCACAGAAUCACAUACAAUCCACAAACACCACCGAAAGAAAAACAUCAACGUUCGAGCUGCUUUUAUUCAUGUGAUAGGCGACAUUAUACAGAGUGUUGGAGUAUUGGUAGCAGCUCUCAUCAUUAAACUGAUGCCUGAUCCUAGCUCCAAACUAGCCGACCCUAUAUGUACAUUCCUGUUCUCCAUCAUCGUCCUCUUUACCACCGUCUUUGUUCUACGUGACACACUCCAGAUAAUGAUGGAAGGUGUGCCAAGAGAUGUAGAUUACAGUGAAAUCAUUGCUGACCUUGAGAGUUUACCGGGAGUAAAGACUGCUCAUGAUCUCAGCGUAUGGGCAUUGACCAUAGACAAGAAUGCUGUUGCAAUCCACUUAGGGAUAGAUGCCUCUUCAUCUCACCAAAGUGUCUUGGAGGCUGCCAAUACAAUGCUGAAACAGAAACACAAAUUUCUGUUCACCACCGUUCAGGUCGAGACACAUGUUCCAGAAAUCACAGAAAAUUGUCAUAAAUGUCAAGUCUCCCUAGCAUGA